AUGUCCGUCAGACCACCUACGUUCUCGAUAUUUUGGCGUCAAUGCCUUAAAAGCCCAAUGCGCUCUGGCUUUCAAAUGAAUCCGAAUGCAUCAUUGCGUUAUUUUAAUUCUAGUGCGCCCCAGUACAAGGCCAAGGGAGUGCCCAGAACCGUCGAUUCCGCAUGGCAAGCCGCGAGUCCCUACGGGAACAAGAACCCUCGCGCACUUGCAAAGCUGCAAUCUAAAGUAUUACAAGGUGGAGAGGUGCUCUUGUACAAAUCUCCUUCUCAUCGCCCAUAUGUCCUCACGGCAUAUGGUCUGUCCGCAUUCUGCUUCGCCUAUGCCGUCUAUAACUCGAACGCGGUCCUCGUUGACCCCCUGAUUCCUCUUCCCAUGUGGCAGAAGUCUCUAUUUGGCGGUAUCUGUAUCAUGAUGAGUGUCGGAGGUACUUUGUUCAUCUCCCGAACCGGUGCCCUUGUCCGAAAUAUCAAAGCGAUCAACCGGGAUGGUCGCAUGCGCGUCACCUUUACGGUCAGAAGCAUGGCCCCGUUCAAAAAGCCGUAUGAGGUCGAGGUGGCACCUGGUGAUCUCUCGUUCAAGCGCAGGAUCUCAGUCUCCCCUGAAACCAUGCAGCGUUACGAGGAGGACAAUACCAAACUUGGCCGUGGAUUGGAAGCCAAAACAACAUUGUUUAACACACUGAGAUCCAUUCCUCGCCGAGCCUUCCAGUCCAUGCGUCAACUUUUCACGAACGAAGACUUCAUUAUUGUACAGCUGGCGGGUCAUAAAACUCACUUCCGAUUGGAUGCCAACGGCUAUAUCUCGGAUGAUCUCCUGCACUUUGGACGCAUGGUGAAUGUGAAAAUGCCAUUCAGAGAUUAA